AUGUAUCACAUUGUUCAAGCAGUUCUACAACAACCAUCCUUCAAAUCCGUACACGUCUUUUCGCGCAAUCUCACCAUCAAUCUCCUGCCUGGCGUUUCAUACCAUGCCGGGAGUUUAACCUCACUAGAAGACAUAAAGUUGUUAUUCGACCUCAUCAAAACAACUUUAAUUUUCCUUGUCGCAUCGCCCGUUUCAUUCGGAAAUACCGCAAAUGCGAGUCUCUUUCACAAAGUCAUCGUUCGUGGAACUCAAAACCUCCUUGACUGCGCUGCGAGAAGUUUAUACACUAAGGCUUUGAUUUAUACUUCCUCGACCACUGUAUCAAAGCCACCUUAUCAUUUCAAUGAUGAAACACAACCUUUAACUGCUCUCAACUCAAAGGCAGAUUUCAAUUACUACACAGUUACCAAGGCGAUUGCAGAUAUCGCUGUUUUGGAAGCCAAUAAUCCGAAAGGUUUAAAGACAUGCUGUCUUCGUAUCGCUCCGAUAUAUGGUAAAUACGAUGUGCAGAUGAUUCCUGGAACUCUUGGAGUUCUUCAAGAAAAAUAUCAUCAUUCUCCAAUCGGUGAUAAUACAGCUCUGAUGGAUUUUGUUUCUAAAAGAAGUCCGAAAAUCUCAGGUGAAGCAUUUUUCAUCACAGACGGUAAUCCCGUCCAUUUUGGGGAUUUCGCAAAAAGUGUCUGGGUCGCAGCUGGUACUACAGUAGAUCGUGAAGAUAUCCGGGUCUUUCCCGCAUGGUUCAUGAUUGGACUUGCGGUUGUAACGGAGUGGAUUUACUGGACGUGUACUUUUGGGACGGUGAUGCCGGAGAAAUUGAGAAGUCAUACGAUGAGGUAUAUUACGGAAGAUAGGACGUUUUCGAUUGAGAAGGCGAGGGAGAGAUUGGGUUGCAGGCCGGUGGAUGAUAUAGAAGAGAAUAUUUAG